UUUCAGAUGAACAGAGAUUGCAGGGUUGGGUGGGAACUGAUCCCUUUCAAAUGCGUGGUAGGUGAGAGAGAUUUUGCUAGUUGGCAUUUGUAAAAAAAGCACACGCACCAGCUUUGAUGGAUCAUGUACGUUUAUAUAGAGAAAUGUUGGUAGGUUGCUGAAAGGGUUGCUUCUCCACUACAAAAAAAAAUAAUAAAAAAAAAUUCAGCAGAGCUCCACUACUAUACUAUUCAGCUCGCACUAUCUUGCUUAGCUUAGCUUAGCUUAAUUAGCUCGAAUACCUAACCCGUAUUAAGAAUUAACCAGCACAUAUAUAACCCGACACAUGCAUUUCUUCUCCAGCUAGUCGCCUCCUGCUCAAGCUGCAUCGUCGCCAAUGGCUGCUGCUUCUACAGGGAAUGGGAGCCCGCCGGUGGCGCUGAUGGUGCUGAUGGCGGCGGCGAUGGUGGCCGGGUGGUUCGCGAACGCGGUCCGGCCGCCGACGCCGACGCCGUGCGGGACGGAGGGAGGGCCGCCGGUGACGGCAGCGAGGGUGCGGGUGCGGGACGGGCGGUUCCUGGCGUACGCGGAGUCCGGGGUGCGCCGGGAGGCGGCGCGGUUCAAGGUCGUCUACUCGCACGGCUUCUCCGGCGGCCGCAUGGACUCGCCGCGCGCCUCCCAGGAGUUGCUGGAGGAGCUGGGCGUGUACAUGGUGGCGUUCGACCGCGCCGGCUACGGCGAGAGCGACCCGGACCCCGGGCGGUCGCUGAGGAGCGCGGCGCUGGACAUCCAGGACCUCGCCGACGCGCUCCGCCUCGGCCCCAAGUUCCACCUCAUCUGCUCCUCCCUCGGCUGCCAUGCCGCCUGGGCCUCCUUCAAGUACAUCCCCCACAGGUUGGCGGGGGCGGCGAUGAUGGCGCCGGUGAUCAACUACCGGUGGCCGGGGUUGCCGAGGGGGUUGGCGCGGCAGCUGUACCGAAGGCAGCCGGCGGGCGACCAGUGGUCGCUCAGGGUCGCCUACUACGCGCCGUGGCUGCUGCACUGGUGGAUGGACCAGCCCUGGCUGCCCACCUCCACCGUCAUCGACGGCUCCGGCUCCUUCCCCAACGCCCUCGACGAGAAGAACCGCCUCAUGGCCCUCUCCACCGGGAUGUUCCACAAGAAGGCGAGGCUGGCGACGCAGCAGGGGGUGCAGGAGUCGUUCUACCGCGACAUGGCGGUGAUGUUCGGCCGGUGGCCGGAGUUCGAGCCGGUGGAGCUGGAGGAGGCGCCGUUCCCGGUGCACCUCUUCCAGGGCAACGAGGACGGCGUCGUGCCGGUGCAGCUGCAGCGGCACAUCUGCCGCCGGCUCGGCUGGGUCAACUACCACGAGCUCGCCGGCGUCGGCCACUUCUUGUCGGCGGUGCCAGGGCUCGGCGACAGGAUCGUCAGCACGCUCCUGCCGCCGCCGCCGCCGGCGGCGUAACAGCAGAGAGACGACGAUCGCCGGCGCACACAGGCGAUGCUGAAGAGAAGCAUUCUGUGUGAGCUCAGCUACACCGUACUGCACAAAGAGACUGAUGAGAUGAUGCCAUGAUGGCAAUUCUAUACAGUACCAUCAGCAAGAUUUCAGAGGAUUAUUGACUGAUGCCAUUGUACAUAGUUUUUUACCAUCUUUUUAUCAGAAAACAAUCCCAACAAACUCCUGUAAUUUACAUACAGCUACAAAGAGAGAGUAACUGGAGAUUUUGGGGCUAUCUAGAAUGAUAGGCACAAUCACACCUGUAAUCAAAACGCUACAGUAGGGUAAAAACUACAGCAGCCAAAGCUGCAGGAUACAC